GGACAGUUUUGUGAUUAUUGCAAUGCUGCUGAUCCCAGUAAAGCUCACCCAGUAACCAAUGCAAUCGAUGGCACGGAGCGCUGGUGGCAAAGUCCUCCUCUUUCUAUGGGCUUGAAGUACAAUGAAGUCAACGUCACUUUAGAUCUGGGGCAGCUCUUCCAAGUUGCCUAUAUCCUUAUCAAGUUUGCAAAUUCUCCUCGUCCAGAUCUCUGGAUCUUAGAAAGAUCAGUGGAUUUUGGAAGAACUUACACUCCCUGGCAAUAUUUUGCUCACUCCAAAGCAGAUUGCUUCGAGCGGUUCGGAAAGGAAGCUAAUCUUCCGGUGAGGAGGGACAGCGAUGUCCUUUGCACCACAGAGUACUCUCGCAUUCUGCCUCUUGAAAAUGGAGAGAUUGUAGUGUCUUUGGUAAAUGGCCGCCCAGGAGCAAAAAACUUCACUUAUUCUCCUAGUCUUCGAGAAUUCACAAAAGCAACAAACAUCCGCCUUCAUUUUCUCAGAACUAAUACACUUCUUGGACACUUGAUAUCGAAAGCUCAACGAGACCCCACUGUAACCCGCAGAUAUUACUACAGUAUAAAGGACAUCAGUAUUGGUGGUCGAUGUGUUUGCCAUGGCCAUGCUGAAGUAUGUAAUGCAGAGAGUGUUGAAAACCAAUACCAGUUUCAGUGUGAAUGUCAACAUAACACUUGUGGGGAGACCUGUGAUCACUGCUGCCCUGGAUAUAAUCAGAAACAGUGGCAACCUGCAACAGCUGGGAGCACAAAUAUAUGUGAACCCUGCAAUUGCCAUGGACAUGCAACUGAUUGCUACUAUGAUCCUGAUGUUGAUCAGCGUCAAGAAAGCUUAAACAUCCAUGGGCAUUAUGAAGGUGGAGGAGUCUGCAUUAACUGCCAGCAUAACACAGCUGGUAUUAAUUGUGAGAAAUGUGCAAAAGGUUACUAUCGUCCUUACGGUGUUCCAGCGAGAGCUCCUGACGGCUGUAUACCCUGCAGUUGUAACUCGGAGCACGCAGAGGGCUGUGAGGAAGGGUCUGGCCGCUGCUUCUGUAAGCAGAAUUUCCAGGGAGAAAACUGUGAACGCUGUGCUGAUGGGUUCUAUGGUUAUCCAUUCUGUGUCUAUACUUCUGUAUAUCCUUUCACUUCUCCAAAUCCAAGAGAUGCUAUGGCUGGUGACAUAAUAGUGUGUGAAUGCAACUUGGCGGGUACCCAGCCUGAAAUCUGUGAUUUUCUUGGGAGGUGUCUUUGUCGCGCAGGGGUAACUGGACUUCAGUGUGACGACUGUCACCCUGGCCACCACUCAUUCCCUGCCUGUCAAGGUGUCAACAGUGAAUGUGACCCUUCAGGUAGCGUUGGUUCUCAUUCCGGCUAUUGUCAAUGUCUUCAGCACGUUGAAGGUCCUACCUGUAGUAAAUGCAAACCAUUGUACUGGAACCUGGCCAAAGAAAACCCCGAGGGAUGUACGGCAUGCCAGUGUGAUAUGAGUGGAACACUAAGUGGAGUCGGAGAAUGUCAGCAGGAAAAUGGGCAUUGUUACUGCAAAGCUAAUGUUUGUGGAGAUUCCUGUGACACUUGUGAAGCUGGUUAUUAUGCUCUUGAAAACAAGAAUUAUUUUGGCUGCCGAGGCUGCCUGUGUGAUGUUGGAGGAUCCCUCAGCCCAGCAUGUGCCGAGCCCUGGGGUGGCUGCCGGUGCAGGGCACAUGUCGUGGGGACGGCCUGUCAGGAGCCUGAAAAAAAUUAUUUUUUCCCUGAUUUGCACCACAUGAAGUUUGAGAUUGAAGACGGUACUACUGUCAAGGGAAGAGAAAUUCGUUUUGGCUAUGAUCCUCAGGAAUUUCCUAGCUUCAGUUGGAGAGGAUAUGCCCGGAUGUCCUCUAUACAAAAUGAAGUGAGGAUAACUUUGAAUGUGGAAAAAUCAAACCUCUACUUAUUUCGUAUUAUCCUGAGGUAUAUUAACCCUGGAGGGGAAACAUUGUCUGGUCGCAUAUCUGCUUGGCAAUCUCGGCCUGAAACAGGGGCUGCUCAGAGCAAAGAGUUUGUCUUCCCACCCAGCAAGGAGCCAGCUUUUGUCACAAUCCCAGGAAAAAGCUCCACAGAGCCUUUCACACUGGUUCCAGGCACGUGGACUGUCAGUAUAAUGGCAGAGGAAGUCCUCUUGGAUUAUAUGGUGCUGUUACCUAGUGAUUACUACGAAGCAUCCAUCUUGCAGAUACAAGUUACAGAGCCUUGCACCUAUUCAGGACGUGCUUCAACAGAGCACUGCUUGCUUUAUCAGCAUUUGCCAUUGGGCAGAUUUUCCUGUGUCCUCGGUUCAGAGGCAGCGUAUUUCAGACACGGGGGAGAAUACAGAAGAAUACCUGUGCGACAGCCAACUCCUGAUCAACCAGUGAUGACCCAUAUCAGUGGAAGAGAGGUCAAUUUACAGAUGACCAUAAAUGUUCCGCAAGUCGGUCGCUAUGUUCUGGUUUUUGAAUAUGCCAAUGAAGAGGAUCAGUUAUACACUGCUGAGGUAAUAAUACAUAGCCCUGGACCUGUCACUGAAGGCAGAGUGAGAAUAUAUAGUUGUAAAUACAGUUUCCUUUGUCGCAGCAUUGUAGUUGACAACAGGAAUCGCAUUGCAGCCUAUGACCUUCUAGCAGAUACAAAGAUACAUCUUAAGGCAUCAUCAAUUAAUUUUCUUCUGCAUAAGGUUUGUAUUAUACCAGCUGAAGAAUUUUCUCCAGAAUAUGUGGAUCCUAAAGUACAGUGCAUAGCUGCUUACAGGAGUACCCGUGAUAGAAGUGCAACAUGCAUUCCUUCAGUGUAUGAAACUCCACCAGCAGCUUUGGUUUUGGAUGCAUUCAAGGAUGGGAAAAUUUCCGAAGUACGGAGAAAUAUACUCGAUGACCCACUGAGUGCCCCUUUACCUUCUGACUCAGUUAAUGGAGUUACCUUGUCUCCGUUACAGAAUCAGAUUACCUUGAGUGGCAGAGUGCCCCGCUUGGGCAGAUACGUAUUUGUGGUACAUUUUUAUCAGCCAGCACACCUGGUGUUCCCUGUGCAAGUGCAGGUGGAUGGGGGACAUGUGUGGUCAGGUUCUUUCAAUGCUUCAUUCUGCCCUCAUACCUCUGGCUGUCGGGAUCAGGUGAUUGCGGAAAACCAAAUUGAACUUGACAUUUCUGAACCUGAGGUCUCUGUUACAGUGAUGAUACCUGAUGGAAGAAUUCUUGUUCUGGAAAAUAUCUUAGUUGUUCCAGCAGACACCUACAGUUACAAAAUUCUUGACAAAAAGACAGUGGACAAGUCAUUUGAUUUUAUCAGCCAAUGUGGAGGAAACAGUUUUUAUAUUGACCCAGAAGGAUCAUCAACCUUUUGUAAGAACUCUGCAAGGUCACUAGUGGCUUUCUACAACAACGGAGCCCUGCCAUGUAAUUGCCAUAGCGCAGGUGCCACAAGCCCUACUUGCAGCCCCCUGGGAGGACAGUGUAUUUGCAGACCUAAUGUCAUCGGUCGUCAAUGCAGCCGAUGCCAAACUGGCUACUAUGGAUUCCCGUUCUGCAAGUUAUGCAACUGUGGGCAGCGUCUUUGUGAUGACAUGACCGGUAAAUGCAUUUGCCCUCCACGAACUGUGAAACCAACUUGUGAAGUGUGUGAGAGACAUUACUUCAGCUAUCACCCUCUUGCUGGCUGCGAGAGCUGCAACUGUUCGGAAAGAGGAGUCGUUAAUGCGGCAAGCCCAGAAUGUGAAAAAACCAACGGGCAAUGCAAAUGCAAACCAGGAAUAAAAGGACGGCAGUGUGAUCACUGUGCUCCUGGUACUUACGGUUUCCCGAACUGCAUGCCAUGUAACUGUAACAGAGAUGGAACAGAACCAGAUGUUUGCGAUCCCCAGACAGGAAUUUGUCUCUGCAAGGAGAAUGUUGAAGGUGCAGAAUGUGAUACUUGCCGACCAGGAUCCUUUUAUCUGGACCCUUCUAAUCCCAGGGGAUGCACCUCUUGCUUUUGUUUUGGGGCAACCAGCGACUGUCGCAGCACAAAUCGUCGUAGAACCAAGUUUGUAGACAUGAGGGACUGGCGCUUGGAGGCAGUGGAUGACAAUAUUGACAUUCCAGUCACUUUCAAUCCAGUCAGUAACAGUGUAGUGGCUGAUGUUCAGGAAUUGCCUGCUUCAGUGCAUGGUUUGUACUGGAAAGCACCACCGUCUUACCUGGGAGAGAAGCUUUCUUCAUAUGGUGGCUUCCUAAGUUACCAGGUGAAAUCUUUUGGCUUGCCUAGUGAGGGCAUGGUUCUUCUGGAUAAGAGACCUGAUAUACAACUAACAGGCCAGCACAUGAAAGUUGUUUAUAUGGAUCCCAACAACCCACUGCCUGACCGUCAAUAUUAUGGCCGUGUGCAGCUAGUUGAGGGAAACUUCAGGCAUGCCAGCAGCAAUAACCUUGUAUCCAGAGAAGAACUGAUGAUAAUCCUGUCUAGACUAGAUGGCUUACACAUCAGAGGCCUUUACUUCACGGAGACUCAGCGAUUAACCCUUGGUGAAGUUGGGCUGGAAGAAGCCACCAGCGCAGGAAGCAGCAGCAUUGCAUACAGCGUAGAGACGUGCUCCUGCCCUCCGGAGUACACUGGUGACUCAUGUCAGGAAUGUGGCCUUGGAUUUUAUCGUGAGAAUAAAGGAUUAUUUACUGGACGCUGUGUUCCCUGCAACUGCAAUGGGAAUUCAAAUAGGUGUCAAGAUGGUACUGGAAGAUGUAUUAACUGUCAGUAUAAUACUGCCGGGGAGAAAUGUGAGCGCUGUAAAGAUGGUUAUUUUGGAGAUGCCACUCAAGGUUCCUGCCGGGUGUGUCCUUGCCCGUAUACAAACAGAUUUGCAACUGGCUGUGUGGCAAAUGGUGAAGAAAUUCAGUGUCUCUGCAAAGAAGGCUAUACCGGAGUUCGUUGUGAACGUUGUGCUCCAGGAUAUUUUGGAAAUCCACAAAAAUAUGGAGGCUACUGUCAGAAAUGUAAUUGUAAUAAUAAUGGACAGCUGGCUAGCUGUGACCACCUGACUGGAG